AUGACACAAGACCGUGAGCAGACCGGCGGCACGCUGGCCCAGCAAAUGUUUGGACCCCAAGCCGGGGUCUACGCGCAAAGCAAGGUGCAUAUCAGUGACGACAGUCUCGAGUCAGUUCAGAAGCUCACCGCGCCAAUCACGGCGAAUGGCGCCGCUCCCUACCGCUGGGCCGUGGACAUAGGAACCGGGGCCGGUUUCACCGCCUUCGCCAUGGCCGAGGUGUCGGAAAACGUGGUGGCAUCCGACAUCACCCAGCCCAUGCUGCGCCAGGUCAGGCGCAUCAGCGGAGAGCGGGGACUUCCCAACGUCGGGCUGGCCCAGAAUGCGGCCGAAUCCCUGCCCUUCGCCAGCGGGAGCCUGGACCUCAUUACCUGCCGCAAGGCGGCCCACCACUUCCGAGAUUUCGAAGCUGCCCUCGAUGAGGCGCAACGCACACUGAGGCCGGGAGGCUCGCUGGUGAUGGCCGACACCGUGGCGCCGGAGGACGACGCCCUGGCCAAGUGGCAGAAUGACGUCGAACUGAGGCGCGACUUCAGCCAUGUGGAGGACCGCAAGAUUUCGGUGAUCCGCCAGCUGCUUGCCGACCGGGGCUUGGAGGUGGUUGGAUGGGAGAACGAGCGGGUCUACCUGUGGUUCAACGAUUGGGUCAUGCGGACCAAGGUACCAGAGGAAGAAGCCCAGGCACUGCGACGUGAAUUUCAGGAAGCUUCGCACGAGCUGAAGCAAGCGUUCCAGGUCGGAGAGCCGGAAGAGGAUGGCGACUUUCUGUUCUCGUUCCCAGUAUGGGUGUUCCGAGCGGUGAAGGGGUAG